AUGACUACCGAAGCACGUUCUGCGCAGAACAGGACACAGCUGGUUGCGCAUUUUGAUGAUUACAAGACCCGCGAUGCGCAAAGCGACGGGUGGACCAAACUCUGGGAAAAAGACGAAGCGCACCUAUGGGAUCGCGGUAGACCUUCGCCUGCAUUACAGUCGUUCCUAGAGACGCAUCCGUACCGUGAGACGCUGUUCCGAGAGGGGGAGAAACGACCACUCAAGGCUUUUGUCCCUGGCUGCGGUAAAGGCCAUGAUGUUGCUCUGCUAGCACGCUACGGCUAUCAGGUAUGGGGCCUGGAGGUCUCGCAAACAGCAGUCGAUACCGCGAAUGAAAAUAUCAAAGGUCAGCUGAAGGGUUCUACUUGCUCUGGUACUGCAGAAGUGGUUCUCGGGGAUUUUUUCCAAAACGGGUACGAGGACAAGUUUGGGCCGGACUUUCAGGGUUUCGAUCUCAUCUAUGACUACACGUUUCUCUGUGCUUUGCUGCCAGAGAUGCGCAAAGACUGGGCUGAGCGGAUCAAGAGUCUUUUGGCGCCGACGGGCGUGCUUGUGUGUCUCGAGUUUCCUAUGUGGAAGCCGCUCAAAGCACAGGGUCCGCCCUGGGGUCUCAAUGGCGUGCACUGGAAUCUGCUGGCUGAUGGUGGAGAUGGCAUGAUGGAUGAGUCUGGGAAACUUGUUGGUGGUGGGAAAGACCAGGGCAGCUUCGAAAGAGUUGUAUACUGGAGCCCGCCUGAGUCGUUUGAGCAGAGCCGUGGUGAGGACAUGAUUAGUGUGUGGAAGCUGAAGUAA